GCGAGUCUGGCUCGAGUGAGCGCAGUCAGCGGCAGGUACAUAAUUAUUGGAGAAACCUUCCAGUAGAAUUGAAUGUUAUGUUGCUGAAACAACGGGAAUAUACGGAGUGAAUGUUGCUCUUUGUGUAAUUAGACUACCACAGUGUAUAGCUGGUUAACUGUCGCUGGCACAAAGAAGGACUGUUUGUUUUUCCACUGUCCAAAAAGGCUUCCAGUAAUGGAGUCUAAUCCUACUCAGUUACCUGUGGAACGGGACUCCAGCCGCUCUCCACCGAGCUCCAAACAGGACCUCCCAACAUUCAACCCCAACCUGAAACCCAACCAGGUCAGCGAGACAGCCCUGUAUGGAAUCCCCAUAGUGUGCCUGGUGCUGGACGGCCAGGAGAGACUGUGUCUGGCCCAGAUCUCUAACACCCUGCUGAAGAAUUACAGCUAUAACGAAAUCCACAACCGGCGUGUGGCUCUGGGCAUCACCUGCGUGCAAUGCACCCCGGUCCAGCUGGAGAUCCUGAGGCGUGCUGGCGCCAUGCCCAUCUCCUCGAGGCGCUGUGGGAUGAUUACAAAGCGAGAAGCAGAGAGGCUUUGUAAAUCGUUUAUCGGUGCUCACAACCCUCCAAAACUACCGGAGAAUUUCGCGUUUGAUGUUUCCCACGAGUGCACGUGGGGGAGCCGCGGUAACUUUAUACCAGCUAGAUACAACAGCUCUCGAGCCAAGUGCAUCAAGUGCUCCUUCUGCAAUAUGUAUUUUUCUCCCAAUAAGUUCAUAUUUCACUCUCACCGAACACCAGAAUCCAAGUAUACCCAACCAGACGCUGCUAACUUUAACUCCUGGAGGAGACACCUCAAACUGACCGACAAGGGCUCGCCGGAUGAUUUAGCUCAUGCGUGGGAGGACGUCAAAGCCAUGUUCAACGGGGGCAGCCGGAAGAGGACGCUGCCAAUGCACCGCCACGGGCCCGAACGUUCCUCUCCGUUAAAACCUCACCAAGGACCUUCCAACCUGACCCGGAGAGACUCACCGGAGAUACCCCCUAAAAUCCUCCGCUGCGAGGAUAACCGGGGAGGUAUGGGGAGUAUGGCGUGUAUCACGCGCAGCUAUCCCAUUAUUCCGGUGCCCAGCAAAAGCUACGGGAUACUGCAGAACGUGAAGAUCCCUCCACCUCUCUUCCCACACCCAUACGGGUUUCCGGCCUUCGGGUUGUGUCAGAAGAAGGAUGAAAGUGGUGUGAUGGGGGAGUCGAAUAAAGCCCACCUCUCUGGGGUCUUCUCCUGGCCGCGUCCCAAGGACAGCGCCUACCACUCUUUCCCCAUGUUCUGGCCUACUGCAGACGGCCUGCCCAUACCGUCCUUCCCCCAGCCCCAGCCACAGCACCAGGCCCAGCCACAGCACCAGGCCCAGCCCAAACAGCCAUCGGAGGUGCUGUGCUCCAGACAGAGUGAGCUGGACGCAUCCGAGCAGGGAGAAAGAAAUAGCAACACACCAAAGGACAGCCUGGGGGAUAAUGAGCGGUGCUCCAGCACUCAGUCCACCCGGAAUGAGGAUGACAAAUCCGGGGAUGAAGCGAGGUUAAUGGACGGUAAAAUGCCCGUUCUACCCCGGAAGAUUAGCUAUGUCUCCGCAUUCAGACCCGUCAUCAAAGACGCGGAGAGUAUAGCCAAACUGUACGGUAACCGGGGGAAGUACAACGGGGCUCGAGCUGGGUAUCUGUCUCCCGAUUUCCUGAGCGAGAGCUCGAGCUACAGGUCCUUGUCGCCAGACAGCGUGGAAAGCGUUGGCGAGACAGAUGUGGACGUGGAGACCAAUAAGUCACAAGAGGACGAGGAGUCACUUCCGCACUCCAUUGAGGACAGCAGGAGCCCUCCUGUCCCCGUCCUAAGCCCGACGCGCGGUGCCGGUUCACCAAACGGCCUAGAAUCCAUCCCUAAGUCAGAGCAGGCCGCUGUGGUCGACUCACAGAGAAUAAACCUACCUAUACAGGUGGUGAGGUCUUCAAAUAGAGAUAGACAGGGCAAACAGCUUCCGGACUGCAAUAAGACCACGUCUUUUGAUGAAGUGUAUUCGCCGGACAGGAGCAGCCCAUAUGCUUUUGGUUCAGCAACGAAUUACCAGACAGACAAUGUGGAAUCGAAAGAUGACUGUGCCAGUAGAGAGGAGCCAUCUUCCACAGUGAAGGAGGUUGAAACGAAGCCGUAUAACGACCCAAGCAGGGAGGGGGGCCCGAGACAAGCACUGAACGAGGAGGACGAAUUGCAGAAACAACUCAUGGAGCAAGUGGAGCUGAGGAAGAAACUGGAACGAGAAUUCCAACAUUUAAAAGAUAAUUUCAAUCAUCAGAUGAAAAGGGAGCUGUCCUACAGGGAGGAGAUGGUCCAGCAGCUUCAUAUUGUCAGAGAAGCUCACGACGCGCUACACCAAUUCUCCUGUAAGAUGCUGACUCCUCGUCCCUGCAAUGGAACCUGCUCCUUCAAACCUCCUCUUCUACCACCCUAGUCCCUUCCCACAGUCCGCCGUGGAGCCCCGUCAGUCUGGAAAGCAAGACUACUACCACCCUGAAGACUAGGCGUACAGUAUCCAAAAUACUAGGCAGGGUCUGAGUUAGGGUAGACAAUUUAACACUAGAGAGACAGGGUCUGAGUUAGGGUAGACAAUUUAACACUAGAGAGACAGGGUCUGAGUUAGGGUAGACAAUUUAACACUAGAGGGACAGGGUCUGAGUUAGGGUAGACAAUUCCCAGUAACUUUUCAAAAGUUCUCCCAGAAAUCCUGGUUGAAAGAUUCCUAGAAGGAAUAAGCAGGAAACCUGGAAUUCUCCAACCAGCAUUUCUGGGAAAACUGGUAAUUUUGGGAAAGUUACCAGAAUUUUGCAAACCUUGUCUGAGAAAUGAAAUGUGAUCAGCAUUUUAGAUCAUAAUACAUAAUAUUAUAUAGACAUGGAGGACCUGAUUCGAGAUCAGCACUGCUACUCUGAGCGGCUUUAUGAAUCCGUCCCUGGCCUCUAUCAAAUGACCACAUCAUUGUACCAGAGCAAUGCUUUGGUGUGAGGGAAACCUAGAGCUGUCAUUAGCCACUGCAUUAAUGAUAUUAACUGUAACAUAUGAGAGAAUGCGUCUUCACACUCCCUGUAUAAUUUAUAUAAAGUUAUAAAGUACCACGUGAAAAAUAUUAUAUGUUUAAUUGAAAAUAUGACCAUAACUUUUAUAAAUCAGUCAAAAGUUUGGACACACCUA